CUUCUCACCUUUGUCUCUUGCCGUUGGCAUUUCUGGUUUGGCAAAACCCAAGCAGUAGCAGAUCAUAAUUCACCGUCGAAGCUCAGGUACUUUGAGCUCCUGAACUGAUCAGGGUCAAGAAGAACGCACAGAGAAUAUGAUUUUAGGCGGAAUAGAGGACGAAGACAAAUGGCUUGCCGAAGGAAUUGCCGCCAUUCAACACAACGCCUUCUACAUGCAUCGCGCUUUGGAUGCUAACAAUCUUAGAGAAGCUCUCAAAUACUCUGCUCAGAUGCUGUCGGAGCUCCGAACUUCGAAACUCUCCCCUCACAAAUACUACGAACUAUAUAUGAGAGCUUUCGAUGAAUUGAGAAGGCUGGAAAUAUUCUUUAAGGACGAAAGCAGACAUGGCGUUUCGGUCGUUGAUUUAUAUGAGCUCGUGCAGCAUGCUGGAAAUAUAUUACCUAGACUGUAUCUGCUGUGUACGGUAGGAUCAGUGUAUAUCAAAUCGAAAGAGGCUCCAGCCAAGGAUGUGCUUAAGGAUCUUGUGGAAAUGUGUCGCGGGGUUCAGCAUCCAAUUCGUGGACUAUUUCUCAGAAGUUACCUUGCUCAAGUUAGUAGAGAUAAAUUGCCAGAUAUUGGUUCUGAUUAUGAAGGAGAUGCUGACACAGCCAUGGAUGCUGUAGAAUUUGUGCUACAAAAUUUCAUUGAGAUGAAUAAACUUUGGGUUCGGAUGCAGUAUCAGGGACCUGGUCGGGUAAGAGAGAAGCAGGAAAAGGAAAGAAGCGAGCUCCGUGAUCUUGUAGGGAAAAAUCUCCAUGUUCUUAGUCAGAUAGAAGGUGUGGACCUUGAAAUGUACAGAGACACUGUUCUUCCUAGAGUUUUAGAGCAGGUUGUCAACUGUAAAGAUGAGCUUGCACAGUAUUAUUUGAUGGAUUGCAUAAUUCAGGUCUUUCCAGAUGAGUACCACUUGCAGACUCUUGACACAUUAUUGGAUGCUUAUCCUCAGCUUCAGCCAACAGUUGAUGUCAAGACAGUGCUAUCACAAUUGAUGGAGAGAUUAUCAAAUUAUGCUGCUUCAAGUGAAGAUGUUUUGCCUGAGUUCUUGCAAGUAGAAGCUUUUGCUAAAUUGAGCAGUGCCAUUGGAAAGGUGACAGAAGCACAUGUUGACAUGCCAAUUGUUGGAGCCAUUACUUUGUAUUUAUCCCUCCUUACAUUUACACUCCGUGUACAUCCUGAUCGGUUGGAUUAUGUGGAUCAAGUGCUGGGGGCAUGUGUGAAGAAGCUUUCUGGAAAGCCAAAGCUUGAAGACAGUAGAGCAACAAAACAAAUUGUUGCACUUCUGAGUGCUCCAUUAGAGAAAUACAAUGAUGUCGUCACUGCCUUGACACUUUCAAAUUAUCCUCGUGUUAUGGACCGUCUUGACAAUGAGACUAACAAAGUUAUGGCCAUGGUUAUUAUCCAAAGCAUUAUGAAAAAUUAUACUUGCAUUUCUAGUGCUGAUAAGGUUGAGGUGUUGUUUGAAUUGAUAAAAGGCCUCAUUAAGGAUUUGGAUGGAACUACUGCAGAUGAGCUUGAUGAAGAGGAUUUCAAGGAAGAACAAAAUUCUGUUGCUCGCCUUAUACACAUGCUUUAUAAUGGUGAGCCAGAGGAAAUGUUGAAGAUUAUCUGUACUGUGAAGAAGCAUAUAAUGACUGGAGGACCAAAACGCUUACCUUUUACAGUUCCUCCUCUCAUAUUUUCUGCACUUAGGCUGGUCAGGAAGUUGCAAUGUCAGGAUGGAGAUGUAGUAGGAGAAGAACUGCCUGCUACACCUAAGAAAAUUUUUCAACUCCUGAAUCCGACCAUUGAGGCUCUGUCAUCUGUUCCAUCAUCUGAGCUUGCAUUAAGGUUGUAUUUGCAAUGUGCUGAGGCUGCAAAUGACUGUGAUCUUGAGCCAAUUGCUUAUGAAUUUUUCACUCAGGCAUUUGUCCUAUAUGAAGAAGAAAUUGCAGAUUCCAAGGCGCAGGUGACUGCAAUACAUCUAAUUAUUGGUACUCUCCAGAGGAUGAAUGUAUUUGGUGUAGAGAACAGGGAUACCUUAACACACAAGGCCACUGGAUAUUCUGCAAAGCUUUUGAAGAAACCUGAUCAGUGCAGAGCAGUUUAUGCAUGUUCACAUCUAUUUUGGGUUGAUGAUCUGGAUGGCAUCAAGGAUGGAGAAAGGGUCCUACUUUGUCUUAAGCGUGCCUUGAGGAUUGCAAAUGCCGCACAGCAAAUGGCCACUGUUACAAGAGGCAGCGGUGGACCAGUUAUACUCUUUGUUGAAAUAUUGAACAAGUAUCUGUACUUCUUUGAAAAAGCAAACCCACAGAUUACUAGUUCUGCCAUCCAGAGCUUGAUAGAAUUAAUCAAUACUGAAAUGCAAAGUGAUUCUACUACCCCUGAUCCAGCAGCAAGUGCUUUCUUUGCCAGCACAAUUAGGUACAUUCAGUUCCAGAAACAAAAAGGUGGUGUUAUGGGUGAGAAAUAUGACCCUAUCAAGGCGUGACUUGUAACAUUUCUAAACUGGCGUGUUAAGUGUGAGAUCUCAUUCAAUCGAGUUGUUUGGGGUUUGAUGGAAGGAAUUUUCUGGCUGUUGCCUUUGUAUAAUGUAGCUUUUAGUUUUCGUCCCCCAAUUGAUUUGGGAAGAAAAAAAAGUUCAGCAAAAAAAAAUCCAAAGGCUCCAAUUUGAAAUUAAAUUUUCCUUUUGUAUUAUUUUGGUUAGAUUUGCUUGAGUUUGUGCAUUAUUCUUUGUAGAAAUUCUCAGAGAAUCGUCUGUUGAAUAUUGCUGAUUAUGGUGUAUCAUUAUUUGUAGCAUGCCGUCCUUGUGUUUCUCCUAAUUGGUAGUCCUCCAUUUCUGUUGUAUACGUAAAGGAUUAUAUAUUUUGUCAAAUGUUAUUUCGUGUUGUAA